AUGAGGUAUGUAUUUCUACUAACACAAAAGCCUAGGGUCGAGACUUGCCAUUUCUGCUCACAGCCGGUGUAUCCCUCCAAGGGAAUAACAUUCGUGCGCAACGAUGCUCGACAGUUCCGCUUCUGCCGCUCAAAAUGCCACAAAAAUUUCAAGAUGAAGCGUCAGCCACGUAAACUAAAAUGGACCAAGACACACCGUGCUCUUCAUGGCAAGGAGAUGAUAGUCGACUCGUCCCUGGUGCUAUCACAGUUCGCCAAGAAGCGCAAUGCACCUGUGAAAUACGACAGAAACCUUGUGGAAUCUACCAUCAAGGCUAUGAAGAGGGUAGAGGAGAUCAGGCAGCGACGAGAGAGGGUAUAUACGAAGAGGAGAUUGGCAGGCAAGAUCGCCAGGGACAGAAAGAGAGCCGAAGACAGAAGGGUGGUUGCAGAGGGCGAGCAUCUGAUCCGCAAGGAGCUGAAGGAGAUGGCGGAGGGUACCAAGAUGGCGGAGGACCUACUCAACAGGAAAGUUGGCUUGCCCGUUGGAGAAGAGAAGCUGCGCGGGAAGAAGAAGACCAAAUUGCUGGUCGAUGGUGGUGCUCAGGAGGAGAUGGAUCUUGACUAGAUCCUUUUGCCUUCUUGCAUCU